AUGUCGCAAGAUGAAUCCAGAAAUGAACCCACGGCUGCCGGGUAUGCCCCGUUGGGUCACCCACGGACUCAGCCUCCCCAGUACCCUCCUCCGUUCCCGGGCUUCUCCAACUAUGCCUACACUCCGGGCAUGGUUGGGCUUCCGAUACCGAAAGGCACGGCCUAUUACGCUUCAGCCCAGCUUCCCAGAAGCCCACCUUCUCCUGAUCAUGAGAUAACCACAGGCCAUUCCCAGGCCCGCCUUACCUUCAUCUUCGCGGUUAUCUUCGUGAUUGGUUCUCUAAUGCUGGGGAUAUUCACGUGGCUGAUUUUAGGCAACCGCCGGCCCCAGUUCCAAGUCAAGGAAUUUUCAAUGCCUUCUUUGAACGUCACCAAUAACUAUACCACAUUGGAGGCUCAAUGGGAAGUCAAAAUCACUGCCAGAAAUCCAAGCCGUAAGACGGAAUUCUACUUGGGAGAAAUCGAAGGAAGCCUGAUUUACAGAGGGUUGGUUCUGGAUAUGGAGGUGAUUGACCCGUUGAAUCUCGGGGCGGACAGCGAAGGCGUACUGCGUGCCACGUUUUAUGUGCCUGAGCCCGGGUCGGGUAUGAGGAGCAGGUCGGCAACUCCGGCGUUAGCGAGGCAGAUGGAGGAAGACCGGAAAAGCGGGAUGGCGGAGUUUGAUCUGAGGUUGAUCAUGGAAACCACGUAUUCGUCGGACAACACGUUUUGGAGCAAAAGAAAUGUGAUCAGAGUCCUAUGUGGGGAUAUACGGGUCAACUUCUCGUCUCCGACCGCCGGAGGGACGUGGUUUGGCGUGAGGAAGGAGUGUUUAACAUAUGGUUGA